AUGGAAUGCCACUACCAUAUCACAUUGGUCCUGGCGAUCGGUUCUGGAUUUCCUAUGCACAGCAAUUGCAAGAUUCCACACAUCUCAUACCAAAUCAAACAAAGGCUCUCUUUUAUGCGCAUUCAUUUCUUGAAUCAUUCAAGCAGCGCGAUAUCAAAGACAAACACAAAUACAUCAAAAACAAACAUGCCGACAAACCUAUGUCCAUGGCAUCAAGACCAAUCUGGAGGAUAUGCAUCGCUUUGUCGUUCAGGGUCACAGGGCACCGUGCGACCACCGAUUAAGAGUCGCCUGGCCGUUGGGUGCCGUGCUGAAUCUGCUCAACAAUCUCGACCAUCAUUCAAAUUGGCAUUCAAUUUCAUCAAGAUCAAAAGAGCCAAAAAAAAAGAAAAACAAAACAAGAAAAUGUGGGACUUGCAAGAACUGUGCUAG